AUGGCAAAUGGCGGGCUCUGGACUCUCUCCCGUCCGCUUUAUGCUUUGCACCUCUGGGGUUACUUCCAUUACCACCACAGCUUCCUCCUCCUUGAAAAGGCUAACCUCCCUAACUUACGGCGUCUCUUCGUCGAGGCCCGAACAGAGGUCGAGGAGAACGAGUACUCCCGGACAGCAUUCUACAACCUAGUCCUUUUUAUCUCAUCUGUCGCAGUCUUCAGCUUGGCCGCUCAACGCAUGAGUGGAUCCAAAGCCGGCCGGUGA